UUUUUUUUUAAGUUUUGCCUCUUCAUUGUUGAAACUUGCAUUAGCAGUUUCUUUAAUGUGAAAUAUUGUUAUUUCUCACAUUCAUAUUUGCCUUGUUUUAUAAUUUUUGCAUUGUGUCCCCAUCUUUCAUUUAUAAUCUUUACAGCAUCAGAACCAUGUUGCCUGCAUUGUCUUAUUUUAAUCACGUGCCAGUUUUGCAGUGCUACCAAGUCUGGAUCUGAGAGGCAGCUUGUGUGAAUCAUUUACAUACAUUCCUGUUUAUAUUCCCCAGAUUAAUUUGCAACUUUACAUUUUUUAUCCAAUUGCAUGCUUAAAGCAGAGUUUUAAUAAUUCAUUUUAAGGAAUUUGUCAUAAGUAGGAUUUAAAAUGGGCUCAGAGAGCAGAAGCUAUUAAACAAUAGCAGAAAUCAGACAAUAUGUAGGACUUUAAAUAGUAAUUGUUAAGCAUUUGAAUGUUCCCAAAAAUAUGAGUCUGUGUAUCUAUGUGUGUCUCUACAUGUUAUUUCACUAGGGACUUGCACAGAUAGGUUUUGCACAAUAUCCUUGCUGUUAUUGUCAGCCAUAAACAAAUUACACGUAUUUAACAAGUUAAUGUCAGAUUGGCCAGGAGCCACUGGGAGGUGUGUACUUAGUGACAUCAGCUGGCAAAGAGCCCUAGUAACAGGGAGGGUUGGAAGGGUAGUGGAGGGAGAGGGAGCAGUAGGGAGGAAGAAAAAGAGAGAGACAGAGAGACUGACUGUAUCUGGGGAUUCUGGCAAGGUGAAGAGCUGGUCUGUUUGGCAGGACCUUCCCAUCUGGGAUCCAUCUGUGUUUCUCUGGAAUGGGACAGGCAGCUCUAGUCAGUGAGAAAUCGCAGAUGUGAGAGAGCUGACACAUGUCCAGCUAAUGAAAGAAGGAGGAAGGCUGGUCUCAGAUUGGGCUUUGAAGAUUAGGAGGAGGAAAAGAGGAGCCUUUUUAUAUUUAUUUUGAAUAAAUUUGGUAUAUUAAGUAUCUGGAUUGUUAUAAUCUGGGCAUUUGAGUUGGUCCUGAGAAAAGAGUGCCAGCAAUGCCUGGAUCUCCUGUGGAAGUGAAGAUACAGUCAAGAUCCUCACCUCCCACCAUGCCACCCCUGCCACCAGUAAAUCCUGGAGGACCCAGGCCAGUGUCAUUUACUCCUACAGCAUUAAGCAAUGGCAUCAACCAUUCUCCUCCUACCCUGAAUGGUGCCCCAUCACCACCACAGAGAUUCAGCAAUGGUCCUGCCUCUUCCACAUCAUCUGCACUAACAAAUCAACAAUUGCCAGCCACUUGUGGUGCUCGGCAGCUCAGCAAAUUGAAACGCUUCCUUACCACUCUGCAACAGUUUGGCAAUGACAUCUCACCUGAGAUUGGGGAGAAGGUGCGGACUCUUGUUCUAGCACUGGUGAACUCAACAGUAACAAUUGAAGAAUUCCAUUGCAAGCUCCAAGAGGCGACAAACUUUCCUCUUCGUCCUUUUGUGAUUCCAUUCCUCAAGGCCAAUCUGCCCCUGCUGCAGCGGGAACUGCUGCACUGCGCCCGAGCCGCCAAGCAGACCCCAUCCCAGUACCUGGCUCAGCAUGAACACCUUCUGCUCAACACAAGUAUUGCAUCGCCUGCUGAUUCUUCUGAGCUGCUCAUGGAAGUUCAUGGAAACGGAAAGAGGCCCAGUCCAGAAAGGAGGGAAGAGAACAGUUUUGAAAGAGACACAAUUCCUCCCGAGCCUCCCGCCAAGAGGGUGUGCACCAUCAGCCCUGCUCCCCGGCACAGUCCUGCCCUCCCUGUGCCCCUCAUGAAUCCUGGGGGCCAGUUCCAUCCUACUCCUCCACCUCUCCAGCACUAUACCUUAGAAGAUAUUGCAACUUCACACCUGUAUCGUGAGCCCAACAAGAUGCUAGAACACCGCGAAGUUCGUGAGAGACACCACAGUCUUAGUCUAAAUGGAGGCUAUCAAGAUGAGUUGGUAGACCACCGUUUGACAGAAAGAGAAUGGGCUGAUGAAUGGAAACAUCUUGAUCAUGCUCUGAAUUGCAUUAUGGAAAUGGUAGAGAAGACAAGGCGCUCCAUGGCAGUUCUGCGGCGCUGUCAGGAAUCUGAUCGCGAAGAACUCAACUACUGGAAAAGACGAUGUAACGAAAACACAGAGAUGAGGAAGACAGGGAGCGAGUUGGUCUCCAGGCAGCACAGUCCUGGGAGCGCAGAUUCUCUCAGCAAUGAUUCGCAGCGAGAAUUCAACAGUAGGCCAGGAACAGGAUACGUACCUGUGGAGUUUUGGAAAAAAACUGAAGAAGCUGUGAAUAAGGUGAAAAUUCAGGCCAUGUCAGAAGUACAGAAAGCCGUUGCUGAGGCAGAGCAAAAAGCCUUUGAAGUGAUUGCAACGGAGAGGGCUCGGAUGGAGCAAACCAUAGCGGAUGUCAAACGACAGGCUGCGGAAGAUGCCUUCCUCGUCAUAAAUGAGCAGGAAGAGUCAACAGAGAACUGCUGGAACUGUGGCCGCAAAGCCAGUGAGACCUGCAGCGGCUGCAACAUCGCACGCUACUGCGGCUCUUUCUGCCAGCACAAGGACUGGGAGCGGCACCACCGCCUCUGUGGCCAGAACCUGCACGGCCAGAGUCCCCACAGCCAGGGCCGGCCACUGCUUCCUGGAGGGAGGGGCUCGUCAGCCCGGUCCGCCGACUGCAGCGUGCCCAGCCCGGCUCUGGACAAGACCUCGGCCACCACCUCCCGCUCCUCAUCGCCCGCCUCUGUGACAGCCAUCGACACCAACGGACUCUGAGCCCAGACUUCCUCCCUCUGAUGACCUCACGGCACAGCAGAACAUGGCACAGGGGGCCUGGCCGUUUGAACCAGUGCAAUUAGCUGUCGGGUCAUCAGCAAAAAGCAAAGUGGAGGCAGGAAGAGUGCAAGCCCAGCAGACACUGCUCCACGGCCUCUCCAGACACUUAACCCCAGUUUCCUGUCUGCGUCCUCGGGGAAGCUAGCGUGCCGUUCUCUCUGCACACGGGCAGCUGGCCAGAGCUGCUGCCUCCUUCCUGGGCUUCCGGGUUGGUUCCUGUCCCAGCUGAAACUGGCAUGGCCGGCCCCUUUUCAGCGUAGACCACCAGCUCCCUUGCUUGCCUCUUGAGGCAGCAGAGACUGUCAAAUGUGCCCCACCAGGCUGGAGGCAGCUCGCCCCAUGCACUGCCUCCCUGCCCACCACCCUGCAGCAGAGGCCUGGAGGCUGACAGCAGGCAGUGGAGGAGAUCCCCUCUGUCGGGGUAGCUCCUUUAGCCCCGCCUCCACCCUCAGCAGAUGCCACUGAUGAGCCCCACUAGGACUUGGGCCAGCAAAAGCAGCACUCAGGACUCUCUCCUCGACCCUGCUGUUCAGACUUGUUAAGAUGAUCAGAAAUCACAGGAAAAAAAGUCACCAUUUCACUAAAAGCACCCAUAAUAAUGAAAAACAAAUAAAACUUCCUUCAAGCAUCACAGAUCAUUUUGGACAAGAUUUUCCGACCUGGCUUGCUACUUUAGUUUGGGACCUGUUUGUUUCCUCUCUCACUUGAUUUUGCUUAUGCAGAAAAUAGUUUCCAGCGCAUGGAUUGGUCUGCGGGAGAAUGAGACUCCGUUGUGGAUAGUCUGUUCUCUCUGAGCAUGUUGGCCAAACUAGUAUCGUCAAAUCAUUGAAUGGAUGAUCUGUUGGAAAUGCAGAACCCUUUGUCACCGCUUGGCUGUUUGCGCAGUCGUCUUGUUCUGUGUCCCUUUAUCUGAGGCCAUGCGUGUCCAGAUCACUGUGUGGAUUUUCUUCUCAUGGUCUGUGGGUGGCCCCUUUGAAGCUAUGGUUGUCCCAUAGGAUAUGAUUUGUUGUGGCUAGGGCUUGCCUCAGCAGUCAAGGCCUGGUCACAUCUCAGCAGCCUUCCUGGACCUGAAAGAAUUUUUCAAACCUCAUCCAUAAUGCAUAUUACGUCAACUUAUUAUCAGGCAUACAAUCUCAGUUAUCUAUUUGAUAACUUCCCUCUUUGAGCUAAGAAAAGUUCUGUGAAAGGUGACAGCCAUUUUGAGAGAGGCUCACCAAUUUUUCUUCCCAUCAUCAGGGAGUUUCCCAGAUGUUUACCACCUGUACCCCUCCUAAAAUACUAGGAACCGCCACACAUAUUUUUCCCUGCCAUUUGCAUUUUAUUGGCAGCCCAGUGACCCUGAUGCUCUCUCUGUUCACAUCCAGGCCUCCAGCACCCUCUUGCCCCAAGGAAUCAGUUGGGGUGAGUUGGUUGGCCCUACUCCGGCUGGCCCAUGAAGCCUGGCUUUAGGUGGCUCCCUUCUGUGUGCUGACCAGGGUGAAAUCAAACGUCUCCGUCUAUCAAGGAAAAGGGAUCGGCAUAGUAGCGUUGUCCUCACAUACACCUAUAGCUUACUGUGAGAACUUUUAAGUCCCUAAUUUAAUUUACCUAAGGAUUUUCUGUCUUACAGAGAAACUCACGCAAGGCACCUUUAAAAUACCUGGAUUUCUAUUGCAUAAAGUAAGCUAUACCCAGAGAAUGAAUGAUGUUACUUUAUUGUGGAAUUCCUUAAACUGCAGCAAUGGGUGGGGCCUCCUGACUUCCGACAGGAAUGAAAUGAGGACCCCAGGCAGGACUUAUCUGCAUUUCUUUCCAUUAAAACCUGGGAUGUCCCAUGAGAAGGUGACGGAGCCUGUAAAUCAGAGCAGGAGGUCAUCUCGUGGCGCCCGCUGGAUCUCCCCCCAGUUCUCUCUCUUCAAUGGCAAGAUGCACACCUGGGCAGGUCCUUUACAUCGUCCGUGGCCACACGACUACCUGGGCUAGCUCACAUUUUUCCUGGAUGGAAUAAAGAGCCAAAACCAAUAGCCUCUUCAUGAGGGCUCAGUGUCAGUGUCUCUAGCCAGGGUUUCACUUCGGUGUGCAGCUCCUAGCUGACCGUCGGGGGCUGCGGCUGUAAUGACCGCUAGGUCGCAGGGUUCCUGUGGUGCUAUUCUGGACUCCUUUGCUCAUGCGCUGCCCAGAGGCCAAGCUGAAUAGCUAGGCAGUAGCCCACACUGUAGUGCAGUUCUCAGACUUCUUGCUAUUAAUUUUUGGUCACUUUCACAUGUAGGUUGUUAGGGCAUUUCUAUAGAUGUAAGGAAUCCCGUUCUUCCUCCUCUCUGAAGUUUUCCUGUUCUCUGAUUGGGAAAAGGAGGGGCACUGUCUCGGCGCGGAGCAGGGAGAGGGUUGAAGGGGUGGCAGUGAGUCUAGCUUCCCACUUGGUUUGCACUGUUCAUCCCAGCUCCCACGUUCGGAGUACAGGUUCAGGCUUCGCACUUCCAUGUCGUUAGACUUCAAAUGUCUUGAUAUAAUCAGGCUGCUUAGAGGACCAGCUUUGAUAGGUAAUAUUUGUGGGGGUGGGGAGGCAAAAGACCAAGAAGAUCAAGACUGAAGGUCUCGUCAGGGCAGCCCCAGGCUCUUUUAUAUUACUGUAAAAAUGAAAAGCAAUGUGACACGUGCCUACCCACCCAUCAGAGCACAUCUGCAGAUCGAGGCCAGUGCUCAGCACUGCCCACUGAGGGACACUGAGGAGUGAUGGGACUUGACUGUCCUCUGUGUGCAAGGAAUGGUUGCAGAAACCAGAGAAGGUUGAGGUGGCCAAACUGGGAGCCAUCUUUAAAUGUUCUGAGGGAUACUUGAGGUCUGGAACUUCAUACCCUCCGUCCUCCUUUGGGUCCCCACCACCGGCAUCACGCCUGACUCUGUUCAGUGGUGAAAAUGGACUCUGGAAGAAGUUGGUUAAUUACACCCGCUCAGGAAUAGGCAGCCCAUCCUAUGAGUUGUGUACGUGGGACUUGCACUUUGGAGGGUGCUUGUAGCUCCGGGGGUGGACAUCCAGCAGCUGUGCUCAGGUACAGUCCUGUGACCCUGAGGUCACGGAGCCCAUGAAUCUUGGACAGUGCUGAGUCCUACAUAUCUUAGUAGAUCUGAGUCUGGAAACCAGACGCAUCUACCCAGCGCAGGUCAUGCCGUGCUGGCUGCAGUGCGGACAUCCUUUGCCCAGUCUGGGUCUGUUCGUCCACCAGGAGCUCCUUGCUUCCUGGUGUCAGCAUGUGCUGCUUCAGCCUCUAGACAGAAAAUCUACACUGUACUCCGUGUGGCCUUGUUCCAAAGUCAGAUUGAUCCCUAGGGCUGCCAUCUGCUUGCAGAGGGUGUCGACCUUGUUCUGGUAGUCGAAGCAAGUGAAAAUGAAGGUUCAGCAGCACUAUUGGAAUUACUCAGUAGUGAGUUCUUCAGAAUGAAAGUAUAAAUAAUGACCAGGUAGCUAUUUGUCCUGGAAACUGUAGAAGGGAUUACAGAUUGAAUAAAUCACUGAAAAUAGAAUACAUCUUCAAAGCCGCCUUCAGAACUGGUGUCAGAACCAGGUCAGUAGACCAAGCCAACUUAGAUCUGGGGGGGGUGGGGGUUUGGUUUGGUUUUCGGUUUUUGGUUUUUGGGGUUUUUUUAAGUUAUUUGCAGAGAACUGGGUGGUGGCAUGUUUGAACCAAAUGUAAGAAAAGCCAGAGGGACCUGGACUGUUCCAGCAUGGACCAGAGGGCCGGCUUGUGUAGGGUGGGGGUGGGGGGCUGGGUGAGCUGCUGAAUGGGGUCCUUCCAGCUCUGAGUGUCUAGUUCUUGUGAAACCAAAACAUUGAUUGAUGACCUGCCUCUGCCCAUGUGCGUCGACAUGCUCAUUUCCAAAGAUGAUGGUGCAGGUGACCUUUUCCAUCGCGAGCCGGGAGGAGGUUAGGAGGCCUGAGGGUGGACCCUGCAUCCCCCUUGCCCUCACGUUCCCAGAAAUGGCACUUGCCCUCGAGAUCCCAUCUGGUCCGGCCCACAGCUGCCCAGUGUACACUCAUUGAUGCUUAUACCAAAUAGGGCGUGUGUGGCUGGCGGCUGGCAGAGGCAGCCCCGUCCCUCCAUUGGAGUUGGCGGAGAGAAGCAGCAAUAAGCAUUAGGUGAAUGAUUGAAAGUGCUCUUUGGCUCAGCAGCCUUCCGUCCACUUUCACGGCUUUCCAAGUUCCUGAUGAAGCUACAAAAGCUCCAUCCAUAAAAGAAAGCCAGUAAUGUAAAUAAAUAGAAAACUAUGCCUCCGAGCAUGGUUUUAAGGGGGGAUGAUGAAUGUGAAAGCACCCACAGGAUGCGGUAGUCUGGUUUCUCUGUGCUUUGUCGUUUCACUCAGAUAGGAAUUUUUGUUACUUAACUCUGUGCAUAACUUAUUUAAUGUACUGUAUAAAUGAACCAAAACUGUUAAAUAUGUAUUUAGUUUGUUCUACUUAAAAGUAGUCAAUAAAAAGGCUAUAUUCCU